AUGUAUAGAAACCUGACAAAUAAAUCGUCCAAGAAAAACACUUUCAUAGUCCCAGAUGACGAGUUCAAGGGUGAAAGAUUGAUUUCAGCGAAGUUUUUGGGGAAACCUGUGUCACAUUCUCUUGUUACCAACUUGGGAAAAGGGUUGGUAACAGAAAAGAUGAUCAAGAAACCUGACACAGAAGCCAUAAAGGCUUGCUUGAAACGCCGACGCCAUGAAAGGAAACAUGCAGAUCAAGAAGAGACUAGGGCAAAGAAAAAGGUCAGGAGGAACAUGACUGCAAUACCAGAAAUUCUACCCCUAAACUUGCCUGUACAGUUCAAAAAUCUGAUUCAGAAUAUGGGUGGUUCUCAGGAGAUGUUGAUCAUUCAGAAGCCAUUGUACAAGACAGAUUUGAGCCGAAACCAUGGCCGUUUAUCAAUCCCACGGAAGCAAAUCAAAAACGAUUUUCUCACUCCGGAGGAGAAGAUGCUUUUGAACGAAUCAGAAUUGAAAGUGAAGUUGAUUGAGCCAUGCCUUGACGACUGUUACAUACACUUGAGGAAGUGGGAAAUGAAAACGAGCUCAAUUUAUGUGUUGGUGAAUAAUUGGAACGAGGUUUUGUCGAAGAAUGGACUCGAAGAAGGUAUGGUGGUGCAGUUAUGGUCCUUCCGGGUGAACUUGCAACUGUGUCUCGCUCAUGUCGUGGUUUAG